UCACAGAAAGGGGUUGGACAGUAGUAUAUGCGCGCGCGCGGGCGCGCGUGUGUAUGUGAGACAGAGUGUGUGUGUGUGAGAGUGUGUGUGAGAGAGAGAGAGAGAGUGAGAGAGUGAGUAUUUUCCUGCCACGAUGAGCAGCAGCAGCUUCAUGAAUAUGGCGACGAUCGGAGAGCUGGACCCGCUGAACCCCACCGUCCCCGCAACCAAAGUUGAAAUCACAGUCUCGUGCAGAAAUCUGCUCGACAUGGACACUUUCUCCAAAUCAGAUCCAAUCUGUGUGCUCUACACCCAAGGCCUCGGCAGCAAGGAGUGGCGAGAGUUUGGGAGGACGGAAGUCAUAGAUAACACGCUAAACCCAGACUUUGUGCGCAAGUUCAUUCUGGACUACUUCUUUGAAGAAAGACAGAACCUCCGGUUCGAUCUGUACGAUGUGGAUUCAAAGAGCACCAAUCUUUCCAAACAUGACUUCCUGGGACAGGCAUUCUGUACUCUGGGGGAAGUAGUGGGAUCCCUGGGGAGUCGGAUAGCGAAGCCUCUCGGGGGCAUUCCUGGGAAGAAAUGCGGCACCAUUAUUGUGAAGGCUGAAGAACUCAACAACUGCAGAGAAUCUGUAAUGAUGCAAUUUUGUGGCAACAAGCUGGACAAGAAGGAUUUCUUUGGCAAGUCUGACCCUUUCCUUGUGUUCUACCGCAGCAACGAGGAUGGAACAUUCACCAUUUGCCAUAAGACAGAGGUGGUGAAGAACACCCUGAACCCUGUAUGGCAGGCCUUCAAGAUCCCCGUCAGAGCCUUGUGCAACGGAGACUAUGACAGAACAAUCAAGAUUGAAGUGUAUGACUGGGACAGAGAUGGCAGCCACGAUUUCAUUGGCGAGUUCAGCACCAGCUACAGAGAGUUGUCCCGAGGCCAGUCCCAGUUUAAUGUAUAUGAGGUCAUUAAUCCAAAGAAAAAAGGAAAGAAGAAAAAAUACCUCAAUUCUGGAACGGUAACACUUCUGUCAUUCCUCGUGGAUAUUGAAGUCACCUUCCUAGACUACAUUAAGGGCGGGACUCAGAUUAAUUUCACAGUGGCAAUUGAUUUCACCGCCUCAAACGGCAACCCUGCCCAGCCAACUUCCCUGCACUACAUGAAUCCAUACCAGCUGAACGCCUACGGCAUGGCUCUCAAAGCUGUGGGAGAGAUCAUUCAGGACUACGACAGUGACAAGAUGUUCCCAGCGCUGGGCUUUGGUGCCAAGCUGCCUCCCGACGGACGCGUGUCCCACGAAUUCGCUCUGAACGGGAACCCACAGAACCCAUACUGUAAUGGAAUAGACGGUGUGAUGGAGGCGUACUACAAGAGCCUGAAGUCUGUGCAGCUUUACGGCCCCACCAACUUCUCACCUGUCAUCAACCACGUAGCAAGGUACGCCGCCUCUGUGAAGGACGGGUCGCAGUAUUUCAUCCUCCUCAUCAUCACAGACGGUGUGAUCUCUGACAUGGCCCAGACCAAAGAGUCCAUCGUCAAUGCUGCAUGUCUUCCCAUGUCAAUUAUCAUCGUUGGUGUUGGACCAGCAGAGUUUGAUGCGAUGAUCGAGUUGGAUGGGGAUGAGGUCAGGAUCUCAUCCAGGGGCAGAUAUGCAGAAAGGGACAUUGUGCAAUUUGUCCCGUUUCGAGAUUACAUUGACCGAACAGGGAACCACAUCCUCAGCAUGGCACGGCUGGCAAAGGACGUGCUGGCCGAGAUCCCAGACCAGUUCCUGUCCUACAUGAGGACCAGAGGCAUCAAACCUUUACCAGCACCACCUCCUUACACACCACCAGGACAGCCGCUACAGACCCAGAUCUGACCCGCUCUCAUCCGUAUCUCUCUUUCUUUCUGAAUCUCCUAAUGAUGUGGAGGGGCAUUUCCCCCCCUUCUCUAUCUGUCUCUCUCUCACAUUGCACUAUAGGCACUGGAAGGUUGAAGACACCGUGGCCAAACAGGGCCAGUGAGGCCUGAUUUACUUCCAUAACAAGCGUUCUUCUGUCAGGGUCCUCUCUCUCUCUCUCUCUCUCUCUCUCUCUCUCUCUCUCUCUCUCUUUCUGUCAGAGCCUGGCUUAUCUCUUGUAGCCUCACUAAACUGGACUGAGCUUGACCUUUGUUUGGGCUCGCUUUUGGACUGGAGAAAAAAGACAGGAUCAGUUGAUAUGUGUUUCUUGGAGCUGCAUGCUUUUCCAGGAGAAGGGCCGAGGUUCUGCUUCCUCUGGCCUCAAAUCACUGAACUGUUGUAAAUAACUUUGGAAACUGAUCAUUUCCUUUGACUUAUGUAUAUUUCUCUCUCUCUCUCUCUAAGCUCUCACUCAGUGUUUACAUGUUAAUGAUUUUCUUACUGUUGGAUACUUUUAUAUAAGCGUAAACUUUCAGUAUGAACUUUGGAAUACGACUUCUAUCUGCGUGUUGUCUUUGCCACGCAUGUCAGGCACUUACUGUCACAUUAACUGCAUUGCAUGGCAUGGAGUAACAGCCAGCUCCGCUUUGUGAUGCAUGAAGGCCAUGUUCGACUUCAUCUCUUUCUUUCUUUCUUUCUUUCUUUCUUUCUUUCUUUCUUUCUUUCUUUCUUUCUUUCCCUUUCUCUCACAUCACUCUGGCACAAGCGUGGUGCGUGUGUGUGUGUGUGUGUGUGUGUGUGUGUGUGUGUGUGUGUGUGUGUGUGUGUGUCUCAAAAUGUGUUCUGUUGUGUCAAAACUUUAGCAGCUGCUCUCAAAUAGGAUUUGAGACUAUGAGCCCAGUGGUCAAAAACACAGAUGCCAUUGUUUUCUUCCAUUUCUUUCCUGUUCAUAUUUAGCAAAACAGUGCAGGUGUUUUAUUGGUUUGUAAAUCAUAAGUGUUGUGUAAAUUUUUUUUUUAAAAGUCGUUAUAAUUUUAUAAUCUUAAUUAGAGUUGCCCAAAGAUGUGGAUAAAAAGCACAGUUUACCAGUUUCAUAGAUGUGAAUGCUCAUAGGACAGGAUUUCUGCAGAGGAACAUCUGUACUAAAACAGAUUCAGAAGGUUUUCCCCAGACACCAAGCAAUUAUUAAAGCAUAAUUAAAAAUAUUUAACAGUUAUUCCACGAAAUCGAGUCAUACACAAGCUGAUAGCCAACGAGGCGCGUAGCACCGAGUUGGCUAUAAGCCGUGUACGAUGAGAUUGAGUGGAAUUACUGUUUUAUUCUAUGCACAUUCACUGGAUUUUGAGAAACAGAGCAUUUUUAUUUUUUGCAAAUUCGAUAAACAAAAGCUUUAUACAAAACGUCCAACAAAAUAAUUUCCGUUUAGAAUGUAAACAAGCCGGCGAAAUGACAGGAGCAAUUUGUGAAAAAUGCAAUAAUGAUAAUUCUUGAAAAAUUAAAGAUAAGUUCUUACCAUCAAGUACUUUUAUUCCAUAUUUUGUUGCCUUUUUUUUUUUUGUAUUUUUGGGGUUUUGUUUUUGAGUUGAGUUUUUGUUUCGUCCUCGGUUGGUUCAGCAACACGCGCCGCCAUUUUGUUUUUCUCUACUCACGGUACAUGAGCUGAUAGCCUAGUAGUAGAGUAGCCAAUCAGAGCUCAUAUCCAGUGAAUGUGGAUAGAAUAAAACACAAUAUCUUGUGUUAAGACAAAUCUUCCUUCUGUACUGCAAAACUUUCUGCUUUGCAUGAGUCUUGAUUUAAAAAAAAAAAUCUAAUUUGUCAGUCCGAACAAGUCUGGGUAGGUCCUUUAUGGUAGGUAGGGCUGUUAUGUUUCAAGUAGCAUUAUAAAUGCAUUAUAAUUAAUUGCCUUUAAGCAUCGAAUGAUAAUUAGUGACCAAGGUUUUUUUUUCCCAUACAAAAAACAAUGAAGAAAGCCAGACAGAGUUCAGGCCCCAUGAAAUAAUGUGAACAGCAUAAUACUGUAUGUAGCAAAUGGAAUUUGAAGACAAAAUGAACACCUCACAAAAUGUAUCUGUUUUUUUUUUUCUUUUUUUUUUUUCUGGUCUGUAUUCUCAGACUAGCAUAGCUAGUGUAGCCGAUUGUUUUGGGUGACAGCCUCAUGUCAUCCGGUUCCACAGUCUUUCAUGUAGCUAGCUGCCUCUGUGAAUGGGAGCGUGAAUCGCGAGUUACUUUCUCACUUGAGUUAGUAAUAUGAAUUUUAAUGGCUGAUCUGCCAUUAAUUGCAAUCAGGAAUUUAUACAGUGAAGAACUGAUUUACAGUCUUACACAGCUUUUUUAAAGGCUUCAUAAAUACAAAUCUUAUAUGAACUACAGGCCAUUCGAGUUCAGAGGAAUGGUGUACGUGUGUGUGCAUCUGUGUGUGUGUGUGUGUGUGUGUGUCUGUGUGUGUGUGUGUGUGUGUGCAUGCAUGUUGCAAUCACUAACAUCAGGAGUACCAGCUGAGAUUUUUGCUCCUUGAAAGCUCCUUUUCUGCGCCCCUCAGCUCAAGCAUGGUUCACAACACCACAGCUUCGCCACGUGCGUGUGUGUGUGUGUAUGUGGAUGUAUAUGUGUGGUGUGCAUGAGUGGUGGUGGUGAUGGACUAAUCCGACAGAAUUCAUGAGAGACGUGAUUUCAUUCACAUGAACUCUUGUUUACUGAAAAUAUCCAAAUAUAUUGUAUGCUUGUCAUAUCUUAAUAUAUAAUGUGCACUAUGUUUGCAUGUACAGUUUUACAUGAGAUGCACUAGUUCUUUUUGUUAUUAAUAGAGUGUUUCGGGGGGUGGGAAAUGUUUUAAAAAUGUCAAAGUAUCUGUACAAAAUGGCCUUAAUUUCUCACUGAAUUCUUGGAAUUGUGCAAUGCCUUCAGAUAUGAAUUGUUCUAUAUUUUGUGUCAGUGUAGAAUUGCUUUCUAGUGUAUAUUCUCUUUGCACAGAUUCAUGUAUGGAAAAAAAUCAUAUUGUACUUUUUGCUAAUCGGUGAUUAAUCAGAGAAAGCAUGAUUGCAGUACUGAUUGUCUGUUAAAUCCAUAUGACUAAAUAAUUAUUUCUGUAUCAAAGUAUGGAUUUUGGAAUAAAUAUUCUUACUAAACACACUACA